AUGUCUGAGCAGGAGGAAGAAGCUGAUUCUCAGAAUGCUGUUGACUCAUCAAAACAAACAGAGGAUGCUCUGGGGUCUAUCGAUAUUCCAGUUCCCUCAGAGUCAGAUCAAACUGAAGGCUAUGAAUCUGAACUAGAUCCAUCUGGUGGAGGCCGUGAAAAACGCGUUGAGGACCUGAGUGACCAGAGCGUUUCAAGCCUGGAACUGAACGAUGUCGAGCAACUCAUGGACGGCGUUAUGAUAGCUGAACGAGCUGAAGACGGUGGAGGCUCUCUAGUGAAAUCUGGGAGCGCAGUGCAGUCAGCCAGACCAUAUUCAAAAGCGUCUCUGACAUUUAUGGAAAAAGUAAAGGCUGUGAAGGAAUCUCUGAGAAUACCAACGAAAGAUUCUUUAGCAACAGUAAAAGUCGUACUUCUUCCUGUGGGCCAGGAAAUUGUAAUUCCCUUUAAAGUUGACACUGUUGUAAAUUGCCUGAAGGAUCAUUUUUCACCCCUGUUAGGUGUUCCAGCUUUUGUCCUGCAGAUAAGAUGUGCAGGAACAGUUCUUAAAAAUCAUGAGACGCUACUACAACACGGAAUUAAGCCCCAGGAUGUUGUGCAAGUGGAAAUGUUUUCUUCACAUCCAGAUCUAUAUCCAGUCAGAAGAAUAGCUAGACCAGCUGAAGCCUCUCAGAUCAUAACAGUCAGAGUACAAACUGGCAUUGAUCAGUACCAGGAAGUAGCUGUUGAGAUGAUAAAAUCUGAUUUUCACAAACCAUUUCUUGGUGGAUUCAGACAUAAAAUAACAGGAAUAGAAUAUCACAAUGCUGGAACACAAACUGUACCUAAAAAGAUUCCUGAAAAACUGAAUGCUUUUUGUAGGGAUACGCAGACAGUUUUUCAGAAAGGAAAGCUCCAGCAAACUACAAAUACAACGUCCACACAGAUGACUAAAAUUGGUGUGUAUGUAUCAAAUAUUACUGACAAACUGGUAAAACCAGGAAAAUAUUUUUCAGCAGCAGAAUACCAUGCUAAGAGAUUACAGGCGAUAAUUGUGAUACAGACUUACUACAGACGAUGGCAUGCUAAAGUUGUGGUAGAGGAUUUAAGAAGACAGAAAAUGUUCAGGUUGCAGUGGGAAGCAGAGGAAGAACACAGGAAGAUAAGAGAAAAAAAAGAGUGGAUGAAACUGGAUUAUUACCGGAGGCAUAAUCCUCAAACAAAAGAAGAUUUUGAACUUCUUUAUAAUGCACUAGAACUCUGGCGGCAAGAAGAACUCACACGCAUUAACCAAUUUUUGACUGGAGCUGAAAGGAAAGCUGCUUUGUGUGAACUUCUGGAAAAAGAGACGCAGAUAAUUGCUUCCAUUGGGAGACAUAGAUAUAUCACUUACACAGAGAACCAGGAAGCAGAGAUACAAAGUUUUUUGGAUAAGUGUUCAGCUCCAAAGACGUGGAGAAGAUUUGAUGGCAAAAUAAUUGAGAUGGAUACACAAUUUACCAUCAGAGCCAGAGAGCUGCAAAACAUCUAUAGCUGCAUCAUGCUGAAGAAUGUCUCUCAAGAUGAGAGGCUGGACGUACUCUUAACGCUUAAACAUACAGUAAAGGAACAUGAAUGUAAACUGACUCAGGAAAUCCUGGAAUUGAUUGACAGGGAGGUGGACCUUAUGAUGAGAGGAGUCAAACAUCAGAAUCUUGAAGGACUCAGAAAAAGGAUUGCAACACUCUUUUUUCAUUACAUCAAAACACCUCUGUUUAAUCCAGAAGUUGCAAGAUACCUUAAGGUCCCUCAGGACCCACUGAAGUUCUAUAGGAAAAUUUACUUUUGCCACAGUUGCCAGCUCUAUUUGCCUUCUGCAGAGUUUCCUGUAUCAUCCACCUCACACCGCAUUUACCAAUGUCGUCAGUGCAUUAACCUUGACAAUGAGAGUCGAAAACGAGAAUCAUAUUUGAAGUACAAAUGUUUACUUCAACGGCUCUACUGUUCAGAAGCUGAUUAUGAAGAUGGUUCUGAAAUUGCUUUCCUGAUACAGCUACAAGAUAUUCAGUACCUGACAGAGAAUAUCUGGGCAUCCCAGUCUGUGCUCAGUGCUUGGAAGGAUCUCAAUGAUCUGGUCAUGGUCAGAUGGGAUAAGUCUGUGGAAUGGUCUCCCUGGAACUGCAUUCUUCUUACCAAAGAUGAAGGCGCUACUCAUCUCAAACUAAAGAGUAUUGAAGAGGGAUAUGAACCCUUGUUUAUUCACAAGAUCAAACACAAACACUUCCUGGCUAAGAACUAUUUUUCUCAAAUUCCACUACUGGCUUCAUUUUUACUUGAUGAUGGUGAAGUAGAGGAAAUCAGAAAGAAGCAUCAGUCAGAACCAACAACUAAGAUUUUAGAAGUCCACAGGCCUGGUCCUUAG